UUGUUUUCUUCUUUUUUGUUUUAAAUCUUCUCUGUUACUUGCUACCUGUUCUUUCUCUCUAUCUUCAUUCUCCUUUUUGAGCUUAAAUCAGCAAAUUGUUAUUUUUCUUUCUCUACUUUGCUUCUGUGAAUUGGUUUUUCUUUCUUCUGGAAAGUAAUGAGUGGCUUUUAAUGUUUCUCUCAUCUUGAAAGCUUCAGAUCUGGUUCUUGUGUCUGCAAAGUAGUUGUGUUCUGUUUUUUCUUUCUUCAGUUGAGCACCCAUUUUUGUGAAAUAAAAAAAAACUCUUUUGUGGUUGCUUCAAGAUCCUGAAAAUCUGGUGAAAAAAUGCUGCAAGUUGGAAGUUCCAAUGCCCUCUUUUUCCAAACAAACACUACUUGUAAUAAUCUUCUCCGAGAGCUUCAGCAAAUAUGGGUUGAAAUUGGUGAGAGUGAGGCAGAGAAAGACAAGAUGCUGAUGGAAUUGGAGAAAGAAUGUCUUCAAAUCUAUCAAAGAAAAGUUGACGAAGCUGCAAAUUCUAAGGCACGGCUUCAUCAGUCUGUUGCAGCUAUGGAAGCUGAAGUUGCUUCUCUAAUGGCUGCUCUUGGAGUCUUAAACAUCAACUCACCGAUAAAAGUGGAUAAAAGCUCAAAAUCAUUGAAAGAAAAGCUUGCAGCUGUGACCCCUCUAGUUGAGGAGUUGAGGAUUCAGAAAGAGGAGAGGAUGAAGCAGUUUUCUGACAUAAAGGCCCAAAUCGAGAAGAUCAGUGGAGAGAUUUCAGGAUACAGUGAACAUCUCAACAAGGGCAUGAUCAGUUCCUUGACUCUCGAGGAACAAGACUUGACUCUCAGGAAACUCAACGAGUAUCAAACACAUCUCCGCACACUUCAAAAGGAAAAGUCUGAUCGCCUCAACAAAGUCUUGGGCUAUGUCAACGAGGUGCACACGCUUUGCGGUGUUCUAGGAGUUGACUUUAGUCAGACGGUUUGUGAGGUUCAUCCGAGCUUGCAUAGGACAGACCACGAGCAGUCUACAAACAUUAGUGAUAACACACUUGAAGGACUAGACAACAUGAUUCAGAAGCUAAAAACCGAAAGAAGAGCUCGGUUUCAAAAGCUGAAGGAUGUAGUGGCUUCGCUUUUCGAGCUAUGGAAUCUAAUGGACACACCACAAGAAGAGAGAACUAAAUUUGGCAGAGUUACUUAUGUUGUGAGAUCAUCUGAAUCUAGUAUCACUGAGCCAGGCAUCCUUUCCACCGAGACAGUUGAACAGGUGUCUGCGGAAGUGGAGAGUUUGAGUAAACUAAAAGCUAGCAAAAUGAAGGAACUUGUGAUGAAACGAAGGUCUGAGUUAGAGGAUCUUUGCAGAUUAACUCACAUUCAACCUGAUACAAGCACUUCAGCUGAGAAAUCAAGUGCACUAAUAGAUUCUGGUUUAGUGGACCCUUCGGAGCUUCUUGCAAAUAUCGAAAUGCAAAUAAACAAGAUUAAAGACGAAGCACAGAGCCGUAAAGACAUCAUGGACAGAAUAGACCGUUGGCUCUCCGCAUGUGAAGAGGAAAACUGGUUGGAAGAAUAUAAUCUGGAUGAGAACAGGUAUAGCGCUGGAAGAGGUGGACAUGUAAACCUCAAGCGUGCAGAACGAGCAAGGGUUACAAUCAAUAAGAUCCCAGCAAUGGUUGACAAUCUUAUCAAGAAAACGCUAGCUUGGGAAGAGGAAACGCAGAAGUCAUUUCUCUAUGAUGGUGUUCGGUUGGUUAACAUACUAGAAGACUACAAACUGACAAGGAAACAACAAGAAGAGGAAAAGAAAAGAUACCGGGACCAAAAGAAGAGGCAGGAUCUCUUACUAACCCAAAGGGAAUCCAUUUACGGAUCAAAACCGAGUCCAAGAAGAAGCAGCAGCUUCAGAAAGCCCAAUGGUUACAGCAUUAGCAAUGGGAACGGUUCAAUGCCUCCCACGCCUCGCAGAAGCUCGGUAGGGACAACAACUCCUGACCUUCUUCUGACACCAAGAUCUUACUCUGGUCACCAUCGCCAAAACGGGUAUUUCAAAGAAGUUAGGAGACUCACUUCCACUCCAUUAAACUAUGUGGCCAUACAGAAGGAAGAUACUGCUUCUACUACUUACACAUCGAUUUAUAGCUCUGAGCCAGACUCACCUCUCCAAGGCUGACUUUGACUCUCCUUUCGCACUGUGCAGAGAUUGAUGUUUAGAAGUUGGAUAUAUGUGGUUAAGGAUUUGUGAAGUAAUCUUUAAUAAUGAUGUUAUCGUUAAGAAGAAGUCAGUGGUGGAUGAAGAUGCAGACUUGUGAAUACAGGAAGGUGACUUGACUUGUUUAGGAGAUAUGGAGAGACAACGAGUAUAAAUAAAAUAAAACUGUAUCUGUAACUCUUUUUAAUCUUUCAGUGAGAAAAUACUAUUUUUGCCGUGUGAAAGUGCGUGGGUGUGUGUGUACGUAUUUGUGUAUAUAAAAUAUACGUAUUUGUUUUGAGAUGUGAAUUUUUUUAUUAUUUAUUUGUGUGGUCUUAGUAGUGCUUUUCAUACUGAA